GCAUAAUUGUACAAAAUUUUAAAUAAAUUACUGCAGCUGAGCGUAUUAUGUUUCUAACUGCAGCCAUUUCAAUUAUUUGGUCAAAGUAAUUUUUUUUUGUACAAUUUAAAAUGUAAUGACGGUUCAAUAUACUAGAGAUUUCAGUUUUCAAAAAACAUCGAUGCAUCGAUAUUAUACAUCGAGUGUAAAAUUGUCGAUGCAUCGAAGCAAAACAUCGAUAUUUUCAUUGCAUCGAUGUUUUUCCGGCACUCCUAGUCAAAAGUGCGCGCCAAUUUUACUAGAGAAGACUCGCGAAAGUUAUAAAUUUUAAUAUAUUGCAUAAAAUAAUAAAAUAAGCAUUUCCUGCAAUGGAUUUUCGCCGCAAAACGCGACCACGUCUAGACCGUAAGCCUCAGUUUGAGAAUCUCGAAGCACAAUACCCGCACAAUGUUGCACUAUACCGUUUUCCGCCAACGGAAGACAUCAAAAUACAUGACUUCGAGGAUCUGGCGCUGGAACGCCUCAAAGUUCUACGCAUUCUUGAACAGGCGACUUCUAAAAAUCUACGUUUUCUAUCAGAUGAAUGGAAGGAAUCGGUGAACGCAGAGCUUAACCGCGAAGGUCUUAAGGGAUACUUGCGUCUUUGUACAAACAGUAGCGCUAAUUCGACAGCGAAUAGCACAAAGUAUGAGUUGGAAUUACAGGCAAGGCGACGAGAUUACAUUUCACAUUUUAUACUACGUUUGGCGUACUGUCGCACAGAGGAGUUAAAGCGUUGGUUCCUGACGCGAGAAAUGGAGCUGUUUAAAUACAAAUUUUCAUCUAUGAGCAGCACUGAUAUCAAACAUUUUCUCGACCUAAAUAAAUUGGAGUAUACGCCGCUUUCAGAAUCGCAGAAAGACGCAGUAAAAGAUGGUCUCUAUGAGAGUACAAUUGGUCAGAGUGUUUCCAAGAUUGAAUUACUGGACUUUUAUAAAGUACCUUUUACACAAGUGUUAGAUUUGGUGCGCACUCGGCGCUGUUAUCUUAAGGAUGGUUUUGCAUAUGUCAACACACAAGACUUUGUCUCAAUUAUAGCGGUGCUGCAGCUUAACGAAAUUGAACAUGGAUUGCAAUCUGCACAAAAGCUUAUCCGUGAAGUAGAGACAGAUGAGCGCAUAUUUCACUUGCUUAAAUCGCUGCAUACAUCAUACACAGGAAAAGAUUAUGCGCUUAGCAAAGAAGGAAACGUGCCGCCUGAAUCACUAGAUCAGCUUUCCAAAAAGUCAUUCCCGAUCUGCAUGCGCUCUUGCCAUGAGCAUUUACGAACCCAUCACCAUCUUAAGCAUGGCGGUAGAAUGCAGUAUGGCCUUUUUCUAAAAGGUAUUGGCGUAACGUUGGAAGAUAGCCUGCGGUUCUUUCGUGAGGAAUUUACUAAGAAAAUCGAUGCGGAACAAUUCGCAAAGCGUUAUGAAUAUAAUAUUUAUCAUAAUUAUGGCAAAAAGGGUUCAAUGAUCAGUUAUAUGCCCUACUCUUGCCUUAAAAUUAUCCAAGAAAAUCCAGUUCAAGAUGAUUGCCGUGGUUGUCCCUAUAAAUCAAGUGAUCCAAGUCUAUUAAAAAUGAAGCUCACAUCUUACGGUUUAUCUUCAGCACACGUUCAAGAGAUUAUGACGUAUGCUACAAAGGGUCACUAUCAGUUAGCAUGUGGCAAAUAUUUCCAAAUAAUGCAUGAAUCCCCAGGGGAUAUGGCAAUAAACCAUCCGAAUCAGUAUUUCGAGGAAAGUCAAAUUUUGAUGGGAAAUCGCACAUCAAAGAAAGCAGCUAAUGCUAGUAUACGUAAGCCGAUGAAGCGUGGUGCCAAUGAUACGACACAAGUAAUGAACGCCGAUGAAGAUGACGAGCUGUGGAACAUUGCGGAAACUCAAGAGAGCACUUUCCAUAGCCAGCAAGCAGAAAGAAGUGCGUGGGAUGAAGAUCUUGAUCUGACGGCAAUCGAUUGUUAGCGGAAUAGAUAUAAGUUUGAAAAAAGAGGAUUUUUAUAAAACGUUCCCUUUGGACUUUGUGCGACGGUCUUCUGGUACUCAAUCUUUAAAUAACUUUUUGACUAGCCGUACAGAAGUUUCAGAGUCUUGGGCCAGUUUCUUAAUGUCUGGCUAACACUUAUCUCCGGUCAAACAUCGUUAUCGAAGUUACUGAGUCCAUGUAAAGUUGGCAACGAUAUAUGACUGUGAAUUAGUGUUAACCAGACAUUGAGAAACUGGCCCUUAGUAUCUAAUCUAAUUAGGGCUAUCACAGAAUCCAGCGCAGUCCGAUUUUUCGUGAAACUACAAAAAUUGUAUCAUUGAAUUCGAAUAGCUACAAACGUAGCGUACGUGUAUUUUGAAUACACACGUUCGUAGCGGUUCGGAUUCAGUGAUCGCACUUAAGUAGAUCUCACGAAAAAUCUGACCACGAUGGAUUCUGUAAUAGCCACCAAUAUUCCUAAUCAGUUUAAGUAAAAAAGUUUAAUACUUAAAUAAAAUUAAGUCGUAGCAAG